GCGGGACAAGGAGGAGAGGAGGCGGCGGCGUCGAGCGAGUGUGCGUUGAGGAGAGCGCGAGCGCGAGCGAGAGAGACAGCGGCGAGGAUGUGUGGAAUCUUUGCUUACCUGAACUAUCAUGUACCUCGCUCAAGAAGGGAGAUCCUGGAAACUCUCAUCAAGGGACUUCAGCGCCUUGAAUACAGAGGAUACGACUCUGCUGGUGUUGGAAUCGAUGGCGGAAAUGACAAGAACUGGGAAAACAAUGCGCGUCAGAUACACUUGAUCAAGAAGAGUGGGAAAGUCAAAGUGCUGGAAGAUGCAAUUGAGAAGCAAGACUCCAUAGAUUUGGACAUUGAAUUUGAGGUACAUCUUGGAAUUGCGCACACACGCUGGGCAACUCACGGUGUCCCCAACUCACUCAACAGUCAUCCACAUCGCUCCGACAAGAACAAUGAGUUCAUUGUUAUUCACAAUGGUAUAAUUACAAACUACAAAGACCUGAGGAAGUUUCUGGAAAGCAAAGGUUAUGAGUUUGAAUCUGACACUGACACCGAAUCUAUUGCAAAGCUGGUCAAAUACAUGUAUGACAACCGUGAGGAUGACAUCAGCUUUGCCACCCUGGUGGAGAGGGUUAUUCAACAACUGGAAGGUGCUUUUGCUCUUGUACUGAAGAGUGUCCAUUACCCGGGUGAAGCUGUCUGCACUAGGCGUGGGGGCCCUCUACUGAUAGGGGUGCGAAGUGAGCAUAGACUUUCAACCGACCACAUCCCUGUGCUGUACCAUUCAGCUAAUAGUAAGGUGGAUGACAAAUCUGCAGAAUCUAAAAGCAAUGAUAUAGCCAAGGAUAAGAGUAACUGCAGCCUACCUCGUGCAGACAGCACCACCUGCCUGUUUCCAGUGGAGGAAAAAGCUGUUGAGUACUACUUUGCAUCAGAUGCUAGCGCUGUGAUUGAACACACCAACCGAGUGAUCUUCCUGGAGGAUGACGACGUGGCAGCUGUAGUGGAUGGAAAACUCUCCAUUCACAGAAUCAAACGCAGAGCCGGGGACCACCCAGCUCGAGCCAUCCAGACCCUGCAGCUGGAGCUGCAACAAAUCAUGAAAGGCAAUUUCAGCUCAUUCAUGCAGAAGGAAAUCUUUGAGCAGCCCGAGUCCGUUCUGAACACAAUGAGAGGAAGAAUCAACUUUGAUGAGAAUACAGUAAUACUUGGCGGUUUACAAGAUCACAUCAAGGAGAUUCUGCGAUGUAGGCGCUUGAUUCUCAUUGCCUGUGGGACGAGUUUCCACGCCGGUGUUGCUACUCGACAGGUGCUGGAAGAACUUACAGAACUGCCUGUCAUGGUUGAGCUUGCCAGCGACUUCCUGGACCGAAACACUCCCGUCUUUAGAGAUGAUGUCUGUUUCUUCCUCAGUCAAUCAGGGGAAACAGCUGACACUUUGAUGGCACUGAGGUACUGUAAGGAGCGGGGAGCCCUGAUUGUGGGUAUUACAAACACAGUUGGCAGCUCUAUCUCUCGUGAAACUGAUUGUGGUGUCCAUAUCAACGCUGGGCCUGAAAUUGGAGUUGCCAGCACAAAGGCUUACACCAGCCAAUUUAUCUCACUGGUGAUGUUUGCACUGCUGAUGUGUGAAGACAGAAUUUCGAUGCAGGAGAGGAGAAAGGAGAUUAUUCGGGGUCUGAAGGCACUACCAGAUCUUAUUAAAGAGGUCCUGACCCUCGAUGAGGAGAUACAGAACCUGGCAACAGAACUGUACCAACAGAAAUCUGUUCUCAUCAUGGGCCGUGGUUAUCACUAUGCCACUUGUCUGGAAGGCGCAUUGAAAAUCAAAGAGAUCACAUAUAUGCAUUCAGAAGGUAUCCUGGCUGGAGAGCUGAAGCAUGGACCUUUGGCCCUGGUGGACAAAUUGAUGCCAGUGAUCAUGGUGAUUAUGAGGGACCACACCUACGCCAAGUGCCAAAACGCUCUGCAGCAAGUCGUUGCACGGCAGGGUCGACCAGUGGUUAUCUGCGACAGAGAUGAUUAUGAGACCAUAAAGAGCGUUAACCGGGUAAUUAGAGUGCCUCACUCCGUGGAUUGUCUGCAGGGGAUCCUCAGUGUCAUCCCACUUCAGCUGCUCUCCUUCCAUCUUGCUGUCCUGCGAGGAUUUGAUGUUGACUGUCCCCGAAACCUGGCCAAGUCGGUGACAGUGGAGUGACACGAAGCUGUGGAACCCAUGUGAAAGGCAGAAGGCCAAAACAUUUUAUAAUCUGAACAUACUCAACUUUUUUUUUAAUAUAUAUUUUAAGAAGUACAUUCACCAACUGGGAUAGAUCUUUCUAUUUUAUAUUUAGUGUAGUGCGAUUACAGUGGGCUAGGUCCAUUCCUCCAUUAUUAGAUCUAGAGGGAAAACUUUCGCAGUAGGGCUUUUUUCUAUAUUUUAUUUUGUGCAUUUUUUAUCUAUAUUGAUUAGUCGGUGUUGAGAUUGGGUCUAAAAUUAAGAUUUUUGUUUGGUCCUUGUCAUGUUUUAGUCUACUUGGAAUACUGAUCUCUAUUUGUCAGAACUGUUCCACAUAUGUGUUGCAACUUUUCCUUUGGACCAAUUAUUCACUGAGAUCACGAAGGAAGCAUAUGGCUAUGAACUGGAGUAAAGGUUGUGGAGGCGAUUGGGGCUCAGUUUGCUUUGCACGUUGGGAUGAGAGGUGAACUCUUGCAUUACCAUGUGCUGUUGUAACUCAGCAGGUCAGUCAGCAUCUGUGGAAGGAAUGGAGAGGCAACAUUUUGGAUCUGGACCAUUCGUCAGAUAGCUGCCUGACCCACUGUGACCUUCUAGAGCUUUAAUUUUGUUCAGACCGAAAGGUCUGAAUGACAAUAAAGGAAUCUAAUUCUUCUAGUGCUUUAUGCAAGUCCAGCAUCUACAGUUCCUUGAGCUUCUUGUUUCUUCCCUGGCCUGAGCACAGACUAAUGGAGCAAGAAUGGAGAGGAGCUUAUUUUGAAAAUUUAAUGUUGAAAAUCAUGUCACACAGUCUGGAUUGAGAGAACCAUGGGAUGUCACAAAUUCCUUAUUUUGCAAAUCAGCAUCUCUUUAAUUGAAAAUUCUAAUUUUUUUUUUCCUUUCCCUUGCUGUCCAUUUUGCUGCUGUCUUGAGAACUUUAAAACAUGUGUCACCAAAAAAAAAUAUCCUAGAUCCUAAAUUACUCGUUUCCCUCAUGUCCAUGUGACAGGUCACUCGGUGUUCCUCGAGCUUUGCAGGUAUUUUAACGGGGUUUGCUUUAUUGAUUCGCAAUGAUUCCAAUUGCAACUAAUGUUGAACAUUCAAAGAGGAAAUUGUCCAUCUAAAAGAACAGGAAGUAGGGAUUUUGUAGUUGACAGGCCUCACUCUUGAAAAUGGCAGGAGCUGUUAUGAGGUAUUUAGGCAGCUCACUCACUUGCACUUUUCCCAACCAUACAUUAAUAUUUUUCUUCAAAAUGUUGAGAGAAACACAAAUGUUUUAAAACUGACCAAUGAUUGUUUAGGCUAAACUGGGACCCCAUUAUCUGAAUGAUGUGAUAUUUAUGAUGGCUUAAUACUUUAUACUGUGAUUUUUUUUUUAAUUUAAUGCAAUCUUCAAUGAAUUUACAACUUGUAGAACAGAGUGUGUAGUAAUCUAUGGGGGUCCAUGGCCUCCCUUUGGAAAUGUGUCCGUAAAAACACAAAUGGUUGAAAAUCAGAUGAUGGCAAGCUUUUACAAUCAGUUUCAUAUUAAACUUUGUCCAAGGAUGUUCUUGCCUAUCUCCUUGGAUAAGUAGUGCUUUUGUGAUUAUGUGUAUUAUGAACACAUGGAGUCAGUUUAUUCUGAAACAGGCUUGUCUUCUGACCGUAGCUGCUUAAUUACGGUAUGAUUGAAAUGCAUGGAGAAUUUCAGGCUCCAGUACGGAGCAUUCUGACAUGAUGCACACAGGCAUUGCUUCUGGACCUGCCCUCUCCGAUCAAUGCUUUGUAAUGGCUUUAUAACAUAUCGCUCAAAACUGGAAAAAUUGAAGGAAAAUGUUGUAUUGUACUUUAAUGUAAAUAUGCAAUCCCAAGUUUGUGACGUCUGAAUCAGUUGUGGACCUGACACCACUGGAUCUACUGCACAUUUGUACAAGAGCUGUGAAACUGGUCCGCACCCCACACAGUGUUUGAUUUGUCUCGACUCAUCAGAUGAAUGAUGGGGGGACAAUGGAAAGGGAUCUAAGAAUAAUUUUCCUUUCGCCUUGUCCAGCUCAUCACCGCCCCUACCCAGCAUUCGUCUGUGUAGCAAUUAGCGCUGUGUUCACCUCCUUGUGAGUUUAUUCACCCUCAGUAUAGCAUGGAGUAAAUCUGGGGCCCUGGUCUGGGAAUGGAUUGUGGGCAAGCAGUUUAAUAACUGGAUUAUUUCAAGUAUUUACUGAGCCUACAAUCCAUAAUGUUGUAAAGUUACCUUUGCACUUGAUAGUGUUUUGCAGUCCCCCAUCUCCGUUACACAUUCCUAGUUGAGAAACAGAGUGGACACAGAUGCUCCUUCACAUUCAGCUUGGAUGGCAUUGAAUUUCAGCUGCAAAUAUAAUGGGAAUACAAUAGACACUGGGGUCUGUUGCAGUUCAACCAUCCUUUAAGAAAUCAGCUUGUCUUGUGUUGGAACUUUGAUUGUUGAGCAUAGUGACUGUGGUGAUGUUAGGGGCAACAUCAUCCUCCCAGAACGUAUGGUGAAUUGUAAAAUGCAAAAUAAACAUAAGCAUUGAACCAAAAUGAUUCAUAAUAACCACAACAAUCACAAUUUGUAAUAGAAUAACAAAAGACAUUCGCAAAGUUUUAUAUAUAGAUAUCUUUCAAGAUUGGCAUUGUUUAUAGUCAGAGAAAUUAUCAUAAGCCUUGUUAGCACAGUAUGUGCAGCAGUAGUUCGGGACAAAUAGAUGAUGCAAAAACAAUUGGUUAAUCCACAGGCUCCUCCGUUUCCAGUCCCCAACCAAUGUCAAGGUGAUGAAGGAGAUUAAGUAUGAAUAUCAAUGCAUAGUCUAGGGGGGUUGCGUGUGUGUGUAUGUUCUGAUUACUAUGUAUAAACGUACUAAAUCUAAAUAUAAAAUAACAUGAGAAGUAAUAUUUACACUUUGUUUUAAUUAUUUAAGAAACUUAGUUCCUCUUUUUUAUGCUCUGCUGUCAAUGUUAAGAAAGCUGCGGUACUGUUAUAAAGGCAGGCAGCCACAGCACAGAUGGUCGGUGGUUCACAGGUUGGUUCGAGAAUACCUGGCUGUGAAAAUAAUGAGUAUGGCAAUGUACUGUCAAGGGUUUGUGCGUGUCUACGUGCAACUUAUUUUCUGGGUUCAAUUCCCCUGCUGCAUCAUGAUAUAACUAACCUAAAAGGUCAGUGUGAAUAGUCAGCCAUGACAAGUUGAUUUUUCAUUGUCUGCUACCUCUGUUUCCAGUGUAUGGUAAGACGUCAGAACAGGAUGGUGUAAAUGAAGCACAUUUCAAUCAGCAGCCCCACCAAAUUCCACAACAAAAGCCAAAUUAUGACCUUUCAUUUGACUACACUCCUUCAAUCUUUCAAAUUGCAAUUGUGGUAUUCUUCAGAACAAUGAGAGAAAGUAUUUCUACUGCAUCUGAAUCAUGAAGCAAAUAUCACCAAAGGCUGCUAUUUAAGGCAUUGUUGAGAAAUUGAAGUCGAUUUCAGUCAUUGUAGAGCAGCUGUCAUUUGUUCUGCUCUUGUCUAAGGAUAGGCUGGGUAAUCAUGUUCUGCACUGAUGAUCAUUAUCAAAAAUAUGUUGAAUGUUUGUUCCCUGUUUGUUCAAACACUGCAUUUCAGUAAAUUGUCAGCAUAUUUUUACAGGUAAAUUCAUGAGAUUUAUACAUUCCUACAUUACUGUAGAAAUCAUAUUAAAUGCAGCUUGUGGAUCUGAGUUGGUGUGUCGCUAACAUUAAAACUGCCCCUAAUUUGGCACUGGAGCUCCUGUGCACUUGAGAUGGCAGGAUCUUUGGUAUGGGAAAUGUCAUACAAAUGCACUAGACACAUAAGUACUCAUGAGAUUUGAAUCCGAGAUUCAUACUAUUGGGAAAGAGUGAAGGGAGCCCUUCUCUGCAUUCUGUUAUAAUGCCUCGCAUAGGAGUACUUAACUCUAGUUGACGUGGAUGGAGUGCCGGUCACCAAUAACAAUAUUACUCGUAUUGAUAAGUUCCAAGAGUCUUAUAAAUCCCAUGUUUUUGCCACAUGUUUAAAAUGCCUUGUGGAAUUGUCUACAGAAGGCAAGUCAGUGAGUUCACUGCACAAUGCAUCCAUUGGAGCAGAAUCUAUAAUGCCUGUCUACUUUUCAUGAAUGCUGUUUCUCAACAGCCUUUUUACUCUUAUACUUUCGUGGUGGAAUUAGAAGUACGAAUCCUGGGACCAGGGCCUGUAUUCCUAAGGGCAUGAAGGCACAAAUAUUCUGAAACUUCUCAAGUUAAUGCACUCCAGCAGUUGUUAAGGAUCUGGCUGUGAUUUGUCAAAAGCAUAUCAUCAGUGAAGGAAUUUUAUAAACUUUAAUGAAAAUGACUCCAUCAGUGUUGGUACACCUUAUCAAUUAGCUUUUGUGCCAACCUGCCCAAAAAUCUGUGUAUUGCACAUGAACAAAGGAUUAACUUAAGAAUGGAGUACCUUUUGACGUUAACUUUGUGUAGCUGCCAUGUAGGGAGGUACCCUGCUUGUUUAUAACUGAAUGGAAUAAUAGAAUCCUCUGUUUGCUAAUCUGGUUUGUCUCGGUCAACUGUCUUUGUGAUCAGCUCCUGCAGAAACUGCUUAUGCCCACUAAGAUUUUUUCAGUGUUCACCGUAGACUGUGUUUGUAUGAUUUUUAAUAAAAGUACAUGUAGAUAUUCUUCAAGAGUA